GAAACCAGACCAGUCUCCAGGUAAACAAGCAGGGCCCGAGGUGUCUCCGUCCUCACCCGGCUGUCCUCACUGUCCUCACCUGGCUGUCCUCACUGUCCUCACCUGGCUGUCUUCACCUGGCUGUCUUCACCUGGUUGUCCUCACCUGGUUGUCUUCACCUGACUGUCCACACCUGACUGUCCUAACCUGACUGUCCUCACCUGGUUGUCUUCACCUGACUCAGCAGCAUGGCGUCCAGACCAGACGAGAGACAAGAGGACGAGACCCAGAGGUCUCCUUCACCAGAGGAAGAGGAGAUCCAGACGUCCAGUAGCUCCACUACAGUCGCUACAGCUCCCAACGCACCUGAGGACCGAACAGGUGAAGAGGAGGAAGAGUCGGCUGCAGACAAGGAGGAGGAGGAGCAGGAGGAGGAGGAGCAGGAGGAGGAGGAGCAGGAGGAGCAGGAGGAGCAGGAGGAGGAAGGAGUCGAGUCUGAGCAGAAACUAUCGACACCGAGCAGAGACAGACCAGCUCCUCCCACUAGUUUGGCCUUAUCAGCACCACGACCAACGAAGAAGAAAGUCCUGGCGGCGCCGGCUCUCAGCCUCUCACUAGGUCGCAGUGAGUCCGGUGUCUCUGAUGACUUCCCCUCGGGGUUCCUGUCCCCCUCACCUGAGGACGGCGAGGACACGGGGCUGGACUUUGACCUGGACGCCAUGGAGACGCCUUCAGACAGCGAGUCUUUGCCCUUCCCCAUCUACGACCUGGAGGACGACCUGCAGCGUCUCGGCGUGGCGUCCCGUCCUCACAGAGCCUUCAGGGACCGACGCGGCUCAGGCUCCUUAGCAUGGGCGGGGCCACAGGCGAGGGUGGGGGCGGAGUCACACGUGAGGGCGGGGACCCUGGAGCAGGAGGACCAGGUGGACAACCAAGGCAUCAGGUGGCGCUGUUUCUCCACAGGUGACCCCCCACAGGAGACCAGGGUCAACAUGAGCGUCCUGGAGCCCUUCCUCAGGGUGUUGUCCCAUGGAGGUUACUAUGGAGACGGAAUGAAUGACAUCAUCGUGUUCUCCUCCUGUUACCUGCCAGAGAACAGUCUGGACAAUUACCAGUACGUCAUGGACAACCUGUUCAGGUAUGUGGUGGGGACGGUGGAGCUGAUGGUGGCUGAGGACUAUGUGAUGGUGUAUCUCUGUGCUGGGGGACAGAAGGACAGACUCCCGGGGAUCAGCUGGCUCAAAGAGUGCUACACCACCAUCGACCGCAGGCUGAGGAAGAACCUGAAGGGGUUCUACGUGGUCCACCCCACCUGGUACGUGAAGGCUCUGAUCACCAUCAUCAAACCCUUCAUCAGCUCUAAGUUCAGCAGGAAGCUCCGGUUCAUCGACAGCCUCCAGGAACUUUCUCAGUUCAUCCCCACUGAGCAUGUGCAGAUCCCAGACUGCGUCAGAGAGUAUGACCAGGAGCUGUCCAGGUGAACCUCCAGGUGAACCUCCAGGUGAAGCUCCAGGUGCUGCUCCCUCCUCCUCCAGCAGGGGGCGCUGCUGGACUCAAUGAGCGUCUCUGAACAAUUGAACCAGUACUGAUGGAUCUUGGUCCUGUAACAGUGUUAAAGUUCCACUUCUAGACUUUUAAUCAUAAAAAUAAAUCACCUCAUCUUUGAUUUCACUGCUUUUUAUUUUUUACUGCGGAAGGUUUUUUAUUUCUGUUUUUUAAUAACUUUGUUUCUGAAUAAAAUCAUGACGGUA